CAAUACGUGACAAUGUUCCGAUUGCUAAGAUAUUUUAAGCAAUAAAUAAUAUGACUUUGUCUUUGAAAACAAAUUGAAAGAAUAAAAAGAAAAAAUUUACAUUUCAAAUAAAAUUGUCACUCUCUCUCCUUUAAAAAAACUACUAAGCACCCAUACAUAGUAUCUUUCUGAUGAAAAAUGAACGAAUAUGCACAACUUUGUGAAACCGGUGAAAACCGGCCGGUUCAACUCACUCAACCGGGCCGGUACGGCCGGACCGGUUACAAUACCAACGAUAAGUUUUUUCGCUGUAUAUUUUGCAAUUGAAGAAUGGCUUGUUAAUUGCCAUUUAACUGUGACAGUUAUUUUACAUUUUAGAAUGCACAGUUAAAUACCUGCUUUUUACCAUUAUAACAGUCAAAAAUUUACAGUAAACAGUGACUGUUAACUGCCUUUUCUUCAACAAUUACAUAACAGACAAUAAACUGAGUGUUACCUGGUAGUUUUAUAACAGUUAUUUAUGUGUUAAAGGCCAGCUUUUUUGGCAUACAUUUAAAACGCAUUACAUAGUUUAUUAAAUGUCAGUUCUGUUUCACCUGGGUAGCUUUCUUCGUAUAUGGAGAGUAGCAAAAGAAAGGACAGUUUGGAAUAUAGUGAAGAUUCAUACACUCAAAUACGAUUAAGCUUUGAUAUACAUCUUACAAUCUCUAAAUAUUUCAGAAAAUAUUAGUUAAAUACGGUUCUUCAAAAUUAUUUUUCUUAAUAAUAUAUUAAGUGCUUGAUUUUGUUCGAUUUGUAAAUAAUAUUAUAAGCUUAUUUUAGUUUUAAAUGACAACAUGUAUUUUCCAGUUGGUUCAUUUCGAAUUUAUUCACUACCACUGAAUGAACCGUAUACUAUCACCUUUAUUCGAGCAACAAGAGAUAAAUUAAAAUUAGUUGUAUUAACUCCAACAAUUAUCAGCAUAUGGCUAUCGAAAGCCACAACAUUAGUAGGUCUCGUACGACGUUCCGAAAAUUCAAUAACGACUCAUGGCGAAAAUGUUUAUGCUGAAUGGCGUUAUGACGGACAGAAAAUAGCAGUUGCAACAACAAAAGGUUAUAUUAUUUACUAUAAAAUAUCAUUUGAGACUCCAAAAUCCUAUUUAUUUGCCUCUUCAAAUGAUGAGGAUGCUUGUGAAUAUUUGAUUCGAAUUAAUAAUGAAGCUCAAUUUUCAUUUCCAAUGGUUCGUAUUAAAGUUGUUCAGGAUGGCGUAUUACAUGUCGAAAGUGGAAUUGAAGAAAUGAUCAAUCUUGGUCAAGAUCUUUUAGUUGCAACUAAUACGGGCUUAUUGUAUCGUAUUACAUGGGAUGGUUCUAUUUUGAAUAAUUAUACAAUUUCACUAAACACAUUAUCAUGUUCGAUAUGUUUAAACUCUGAUAGAACAUUUAAAUUGAAUAAACCGGGCUUAUAUGCAAAACAAAUCGAAUUUUCUUCAUUGCUUAACGGAAUUGGAAUUGUUUUCUCAGAUGGUACAUGCGGUUUAAUUAUUUGUGAAACAUCACGAUUCGAACCAAGUCAAUGUCAGUGUAUUGUUAUUCAGCCGUCAAGUGAAGAAAAAAUAUGGAAAACACACUGUUGUGUUGCAUUAAAUGCAAUUUAUCAAUUAUUAGCAUUUGGAACCACGAACGGUCAAGGAGUUAUCUACUAUAUUGAUGAAUUAACAUCUUCGUUGCAACUGGCAUACAAAAUUCGUUUAAGUGUUGAGAAUUUUCCAGAUUUGGUUGAAACGCUAGGUUCGUUAUGUUCAAUGAAAUGGAGUCCUGAUUAUCGAGUAUUAUGUACAUUAUGGGAUAAUGGAGCAUUUGCUGUAUGGACAGUAUUCGGGAUCUUACUGUAUUGUUCCUAUUCCUCACACCAAUUGCUAACUUCAAUGCAAUCAUAUGGCUUAUGUAACGUUAUUGAGUGGGGACCCGAUGGGUAUACAAUGUGGAUUGCAUCUCAAAAGCAGCAAAGAUCAGUAUCAUUAUCUAAUAACACUGGCAGUACAUUCGAUAAAAAUAGUGCGGAUACCAGUCAGUUAUUAUUGUUAAAUUUUUUGAAAUCAUCGGUUAUUAAUAAUCCACAUUCGGGUAGUACUGAACAUCUUGUGUUGCAAUCAGAAGAUAAAAUACAUUUAUAUCUAAGUGGUGGUGCUAUUAAUUCAACAAAUUCAACACAACAAGAACAAAAUGGAACUAAUAAUAGCUUGUUGUCAACGAUAGCAUAUGAUGUUGGUUGGCAAAUUAUUCAAGUACCACAGCUUUAUAUUCAUAAUAACUGGCCAAUUAAAUUCGCUUGUAUUGAUAAUACUGGACAAUAUUUAGCAGUAGCUGGACAACAUGGCUUUGCUCAUUUAUCAUUAUUAACAAGAAAAUGGAAAUUAUUUGGAAAUGCUGGACAAGAACGUGAUAUUCGUGUAGUUGGCGGUUUACUAUGGUGGCAAGAAUUCAUUAUUUGUGGUUCUACCUCAAACAGUGAUAGUCGGGAUGAUUAUAUUCCAAAGCGUGAAAUUCGUGUGUAUUCACGAUUAACCAAUCUUGAUAACAUUUUUUCUAAUGUAACGCGUAUACAAUCUCCUAUUGUAUGUAUGAAUAUCUGUGAUGAUACAUUAAUUGUAUUUUGCUACGAUUUGCAUAUCAUGUUAUAUGCAAUAGAAAAAAAAGAAAUGAAGUUGGCUUCUUGCGCACAAUUGAUUAAAUUACAUGAAAUAUCUGUUGAAUCGUAUGUUCCGCAUGCUGUAUUUGUUCCGUUUGUUGGUUUAACAUCGUUACGAACAGAUUCAGGUUUACCACAAUCGAAAUCCUCAAACCACGAUAAUUCUCCACAAAGCAUAUUGCUUAAUGUUUGCGGUCGAUUAUUAUUGUUACAGCAAGAGAAAGGUGAUUCGUCGUUGAUACUACAAAAACCUGGGAAACGAAAUACAUUACAAACAGUUAGCUUUUUACCACCAGUUAUGAUUGCUGCAUGGGUAGAAGGGGAUGAAACUAUUGUCGUUGAAGAAGCUGUUAUCCUCGGUGCUAUAUCUGAAGUUUAUAAUUAUAAUUCAAGAACAUUUUGUUCAGUAACAAGAAAUACACAAGUCUUCCUCAAUCAUGUCUUUCAAGAAUUAAUCAGAAAAAAUUUGGAUUUUGACGCAUUGCAAAUUGCUCAAACAUGUAAACAUUUGCCACAUUUUUCACAUGUAUUAGAAUUAUUGUUGCAUAAAGUAUUGGAAGAAGAAGCAACAUCUUUACAACCAAUUCCAGAUCCAUUAUUGCCACGUGUUGCUGACUUUAUCAAAUUAUUUCCGCAGUAUUUACGAAUUGUUUCACAUUGUGCACGUAAAACCGAAGUAGCUUUAUGGCCAUGUUUAUUUUCGAAUUCGAUUAUCGGAGAUCCGAAACAGUUGUUCAAACAAUGUCUCGAACAAAAUAAUCUAGAGACAGCUUCAUCCUAUCUGAUUAUAAUACAAAAUCUUGAAAGAAGUGAAAUCAGCAAACAAUUUGCACAAGUUCUACUUGAACAUUCACUUGAGAAUGCUGAAUGGGAUUUGGCUGUAGAUAUUAUCCGUUUCAUACACUCAAUAGAUCCUCAUGAUUUGAAUAGCAAUGAAAAUAUACGCUCAACCAUUUCUCGUAUACCAGCAACAUCAAGUGGACGAGUUAGUAGUAGUUUAGCACAAAAAUCAUCAUUGUCUCCUCAUAAAGACGCCCUUAAGUUUACCUAUGUGGUUAAUCUUCGGCAACGAACGGGGACUAUUGCAACAACGUCAGUUAGUGGCACAUCAACAACAAAUACUACUGCUGUAGUAACAGGAGCAGGUAUAUCAACAAUCUCAGACAACGCACCAUCCUCAGCUGCACUCACGGCAACUCAAUCAUCUCCAACAUCAUCAUCAUCAAAUUCAAAUGCACAACGACAACAAAAUCGACGAGAUCUACAGAGAAUAAUAAGCUUCUCAGAUAAGAAAUCACCGAAAAAGGAUAGUGAACAAGCAUCUUUAUCAUUGUUAUCGAGUACAAAUAACAGUCAUCAUUCUUCAAAUGUGAAUUCAUCAAGUCCAUUAGUCUCAUCUAAUUUUAUUCAACGUACAUUGAAUCAGCAUGCAUUACAGAGCGUAAGUAAAGGUCAUCUAAGACAUCUGGGUUACAUGGCAGCAAAUAUUAAUGAUUUCGAUAUUUUAACAUGGCUCAAAACUCACAGACACGAAUCAGCAUUAGUUAUUUCAAAUUAUACUGAAAUCCUGAAAGCACUUCACCUCGAAUUCCAUUGGCCAUUUCCUGUCUGUAUAUCACCAACAGUCUAUUUUAACCCUGUUUACAAAGAUAAAGAUUCUACGCCUUCCAGUACUGAAAAUGGCCACUCAGAUUCCGGUAUUUUCACUCCAGAUCGUAGAGAUUAUGAAAAAGCGAUUAAUAGUCUACUGUCAACAGAAGUAUCACGUACAACAUCAAAAGAAGAAGUAGAUGUCGAUUUAACACCGAAGAAAACAAAAGACUUUCUCGAUACAGUAAGUUUGACAUCUGAAACAAGUUCAAUGCCAAUUGAUUCUGAAAUUGACGAUAUAAACCGAGAUAUUGAAACAUUCAGUCAAGAAUUAGCAAAUCGUGGACCACCGUUAUGUGAAAAACAAUUAAGAUAUUUGUAUGAUAUAUUUUUAUCGGCUGAGUUUUAUGAGUGGGCAUUUUUAUUUUCAUUGAUAUUAAAAAGCCAAACAAUGCUGAGUCAAGUUAUUAAUUUAUUAAGAAUAAACAAUUUAUCAACACAUAUGUUCAGUCUCCAACGUGGUCUUUCCGAACUGGAAACAUGGGCUGAAAAUGAAUGUUACGGUUACAAAUCAUUAUUGCAAUUUGUGAGAAAUCAAGGUCAACAACUCAUUGAACAGCGUCAGUAUUUACCAGACACAACAACGAGCAGAACAUUACCACUAAAAGUUGAAUCUCCAGAUGAAAAAUUGUCAAUUAGUAAUCGCGUAAAUUUACGCGGAACACAAAAUUCCGCACGAAUGCGCACAACUUCAGCAUCAGAUACAAAGAAUAUAACAUCCGUGAUAGAUCCUUUUGGUGAUAUUUUAAUGUCAUUAGAACCGUUAUCGUCACAGAACAAUAAUGAAUCAGAACCUUUGUUUUCUCCUAGUUCGGUGCGAGCACGAACAGUUAGUUCUAUUCAAGAAAGUUCAAAAUCUUCUGCAAACUCUCCAGCAUCGUCUUCUGUAAAACCACGUGCAUUAACCGACACACUCGAGUCCACCAGUCAACAACAUUCUCCAAAGCGUCCUGAAGCUAAAUUAAGUUCAAAAACACCUACAAAUACAAAAGAUUUUACUCAUACGAGUCCUGUGAUUAAUCCAAAUGUUCUCAUUAAUGAUGACUCAAAUGAUACAUCAAAAAGGACCAGACAAAAACUAAUUGCUGUGUAUGAUAUACAAAAUUCGGCCAAAAAAUCUCUCGUUAAUCCAUCCAAUGAACCAGUAAUAAAUGGUGCGAAUGAUCAUGAAUCUGCCCAACAAUCAAACUGUCUACUCUCUUGA